ACAGCUCUUUGUUGGUGAAUAGAAAUCAGUGGCGAAUGGAGAGAGAGAGAGAGAGAGACAGACAGAGAGUGAGAGGAGAGAGAGAGAGAGAGGGAGAGAGAGGGAGAGAGAGAGAGGGGAACUCCUCCUACCAAAUUAUUCAGACUGGGCAGGCUCUGCUCCCUUCACAAAUAGGACACGGUUCUCAAAUCCAGGCAGUCCCAACCUGACCUCCAAGCACCAAGGAACCCCUGACUGGGAAACCGGGAGAGAGAAAUCACCAGAAAGAAACAACAAAAACUCUUGUGUCAUUAUUUUUGGCGAGUGUUCACAUUGUAGCCCCCCUCCCCUCCUCCCUCCCCACCACCACCACCACCACCACUUCCACACCGGUUUGUCGCAUCAUUUGGACUAUAUAUUUUUUCUGGAGGAGAGACAUUCACGGACAGAAGGAAAAAAGCUGGUGCACCACCACCACUCCUCCUGUCCCACCCAUGUUGUAGUUUCUUGGUUUUUUUUUUUCCUUUUCUUCCAGUUGCCUUUGCACUCUGACGAGGAGGUGAUCUGAAUCUCUGGGGUUGUGCUGUUGUUUUUGUGUGCCUCUAUCAGAGCCUCAGAGCCCACUUGGAUGCGCUGAGAGAGCGGGGCGCAGCGCUGCAGUACAGUAUAUGGAAGUUGUGGGCUGCAAGACAGAGGCAGGCAGUUGCACGUUGCGUCCAGGACCGGGAGCCAUGCUUUUCCACGGGAUCUCCGGGGAUCACAUCCAAGGGAUCAUGGAGGAGAUGGAGAGAAGGUCGAAAACGGAGUCGCGCCUGGCGAAGGGCAUGCAGCUCAACGGGAGAGAGUCGACCAUGCCUUCUAUGAGCCCGGAGAAGCCUGCUCUGUGUGCCGGCUGUGGCGGCAAGAUUUCGGAUAGAUACUACCUCCUGGCCGUGGACAAACAGUGGCACCUGCGGUGUCUCAAAUGCUGUGAAUGUAAACUAGCGCUGGAGUCGGAGCUUACGUGUUUUGCCAAGGAUGGGAGUAUCUAUUGCAAAGAGGAUUACUACAGGUUCUCCGUGCAGAGGUGCGCGCGCUGCCACCUCGGGAUAUCGGCCUCGGAGAUGGUGAUGCGAGCGCGCGACUCCGUGUACCACCUGAGCUGCUUCACGUGCACCACUUGCAACAAGACGCUGACCACGGGCGACCACUUCGGCAUGAAGGACAGCCUGGUUUACUGCCGGCUCCACUUCGAGACGCUGGUGCAGGGACCGGAAUACCACCCCCAGCUCAACUUUGCCGAGCUGGCAGCCAAGGGCGGCGGCCUCACCCUACCCUACUUCAACGGCACCGGUACGGCACAGAAGGGAAGGCCGCGCAAGAGGAAGAGCCCGGCUAUGGGGAUAGAUAUACCCAGCUACAACACAGGCUGUAACGAGAAUGACACCGAUCACUUGGACCGGGACCAGCAGGCCUACCCUCCAACACAGAAGACCAAACGCAUGCGGACCUCCUUCAAACACCAUCAGCUGCGGACAAUGAAAUCCUACUUUGCCAUCAACCACAACCCGGACGCCAAGGACUUAAAGCAGCUGGCCCAGAAAACAGGCCUCACUAAGAGAGUUCUACAGGUUUGGUUCCAAAACGCAAGAGCCAAAUUCAGAAGGAACGUUUUGCGACAGGAGAAUGGAGGUGUUGAUAAGGCUGAUGGCACCUCACUCCCUCCACCCUCAUCCGACAGUGGGGCCCUGACCCCCCCCUCCAGCGCGGCCACACUAACAGACCUGACAAACCCCUCUAUCACUGUAGUGACCUCCGUCACCUCUAGUUUGGACAGCCAUGAUUCGGGGAGCCCUUCGCAAACUACCUUGACAAACCUUUUCUAACAAGCUAUCUCUAGCAGACUGAUUUUUAUUUUAUCUGAUUUUUAUUUGUUUUUUUUUUUUUAUUUUUAUUUUAUUUUCUUUCCUCAAUUUACAUUUUAUUUUUUUAAGUGACACCUUUAAAUCAAGCAGAGACAGCUCCUUGGAACAGAAAGUGCUGUACUGUGUACACAAACAAGAACAACAAGAGCAAGAACAGCAGCGACCACAUUAAACACAAGGAAAUCAUUUUAAUGUGUAGCAUUUGAUACCGCAUGGCAGCCGUGUCUGUAGUUGACCUACAGUAUGCAGAAACUGAUUUUGGACAGGACAUUUUGAAGUUGAAGGCAUUAGAAAAUUGUCAUGUAUUCCACGGUUUAUUGGAAAAAAUAACUAAACUUGAAGCUUGUCUGGAAAAAUAGUUUUACUUGAUUUGACUUGAUUUGUACAUUUGUAUUGAAUUAUGAUAAAAUGAGCCCUUCCUAAUUUAUGGUUAAUUGGUAAAUUUUAAAAUAAUAUGAAUAUUUUGCCCUCAGAAACCUGUAUAUGUAUGCACUGUGUUCGCACUAUCCGAUUUAAAGAUUUUUUUUCUGUUUUGGAAUAAUUUGGGAAAUAAACUUGUAGAAUGUUCUGUAUAUGGGUAACUCCAGAAAACAGGCUUUAAUUAUUUCCGAAUGUUUCAGUCUUUAAGACUGAGUUGGAUGGAAUCAGACAUUGGGAUAUCUCACAGAGCUACAUGUAGAACGUCUAAAUUGCAUUAUAAGCACCUAUCCAUUGCAGUUUAUGUGGCAGGUAGAUGCUGAAACCACACACAUUUUUUUGUCUUGAUUCACAACUCUACUGUGAUUAAGAGAAAAAAAGCAAAUCCCACAAUCUGUACAGUGGUAACUGAUCAACAUGUAAUGCAGUCACAUUGAUAGAAAUUGCUCAAUAAUUAGAAAUCAGCAAGAGAAAUUAAGAUUGGAGAGCAGUUUAUGGGCACUGUUGUAAUCGACUGUUUUCAUGACAGAGCACUUUUUCAGAUUUGUUGGCCUCAUAGAUUAACCGUAGUCAAAUGGAUAAAUCCUAGUAAGCAUAUCCAUAGAUCCACAGCUAAACUCAAUUGCACAGUGACAAUAUACUGCCCAGUGAAAAGUGCAUUAUUGUUUUUAUCAUGUUGCUCAGGGUAACAAUGUGAUUUUAAAAAGGGAAAAGGAAGGGAAGGAGUGAGAAAUUGAGUGGUUGCGACGUUGCAGACUAGAUUUGUCGAGCUGACAUGUACAUUCAAAUGACCUCAGAUAGGUGGAGUCGUAAGAGGCAGCCAGUGGGAAAUAAUUGUCCAUAUGUUCUCUUUUUUGGCCAUAUUUAUACUUUCUUUAAUGACACUUGCCACUGAACAGACCAAAAACAUGUUUCUUCUGGCUGAAAGAUAGAGAGAAAAGAAAGAAAGAGCAAAUCUUCAAUGGAGUUGAUAACAUUUCAUUGUGAGCGUCACAGUUUGUUCUAUUGUAGAACAAAGUGGUACUCUAGAUCUACUUAAUGAAGUAGAUGCCUAACUCAGUUCUACUAUGUGCCUUAUGCUAUAACUUGGGAGAAAGUUUGUGAAAUUCAGGAUAUAUGUGUUCUUUGUUAACUGAUUCACAUCCUUUUGACGCCUCACUAGUUUUGUACUGUUUUGCAUCUUAUUUCCGAAGAUCUUUUUAUGGUGUAUCCUGUUAAAAAGGGGGCAGCGAUGUCAUAGAAAGCAUUUGUGCACUCUUUCAGAUAUAGUUGGGUAAUCCAAGAACCUUAUAUAUUGAUCUUCGUGUUAAUAGUUGAGUACAGUAAGUGUUCUAUCAAGAUUGUCCAUGUUUCCCUGUUUCUUGAUAAAGAUGGUGUAUAGAAACUAUUUCCCCUUAAAUAUUUAUGGACCAAACGGUUGUUAUAUAUCUUAUUAAAUUUGUGUGAAUAAAAAUACUUUGCUUUAAA